AUGGAUCUUCUUUGGGCCGAUCCUAUGCUGAAUAUUCAAGGUUAUGCACCAAACACCGUUCGCGGUGUGGCAACGUUUUUUGGCGAAGAUACUGUGAUCCAGUGUUGCGAGAAGUUGAGAGUAGACCUUAUAGUGCGCGCUCAUCAGAUGAUGAUGUCUGGAUAUGGCUUCUUUUGUAACAGAAAAUUGAUCACUAUUUUCACAGCUCCCCGAUAUCAACCAGAAGCGAACAACAAAGGUGCAGUUGUCUAUGUCGACAAACAAGGUAAAAUUGGAUUUAAAGUGCUCUCACCUCUUGAACAAGCUCCGGAUGCAGGACCACAAGGUAUGAGCAACGCGCCUACUAUGUAA